CGAAUCUACUAGAUCCUCUGUGAAUUCCGAACUUUGGGACGAGACUGUAAACACCAAGCUGAACAGCAUACUUCACUAUCCUACUAUUCGUGAUUCAAUAUGGAUCCUGCUACUACUACUGCUGCUGCUGUUCCUAAUCGAUUUUAGAUCCCUCUUGAAUAUCCCGCCAGGAUUCAAACUCGAAUGAACACGCCCCUCAUCUGACCCGCGAUCAACGCCGCGAUAUUCAAUUUAUGCGAAGACCAGGCUAUACUUAUGAGCACAUCUCCCGUGAGCUGGGUGUCACUAUGCGUCAAGUCCAGUACAAUAUACAUACAUACCAGCUAGAACAUCCUACUCCGCAGAAAGCUCCUGGACGUUCUCUUACAUUAUCAAAUAUCUGUACAGAUAAGAAUGAAGUUUUUACCACUAGCUCUAGAAAGGGGCGUCGCAUGACAGUAUAAACAGCUAAUUAGAAUAGUUUCCAUUUAGAUAGCCAAGAAGAUGUCCUCGCUCGAGCAUUAAAACAGAAAUCGUCAGUUUUGCUUAGCGAAUAUCUGAACUGGUCUCUUGAGCAGUGGUAUAAUAUCUUGUGGACUGGUGAGAUAUAGGUUGCUUCUGGAGGGUAAUAGAAUCUUGGUGACUAGAUGUCUUCGUGAGGUUCUAGAUUACUUGUAUCGUGGAGUAUUAUCCAACGUACAAGAAUUGGAUGUUCUUAGUUCCUUUCAUGGAAAUACCUUGCCUCUUGGGGAGAAGGACUGGACCGGCGUAAGAGGGAG